CCCAGAGAUGCUGCAGUGUGAAGGCGGCAGCUCCUGACAGAAGAACAAGGUUCUUCAUCAGGGACAGCCAGAUAUGGAUAAUAAGGCGUUGGAACCGGAUUCAACCCAUGUGCCCAUGGAGGGGGACCUCCCCUGUAAUGGGAGGAGCCAUCCUCGGCCACAGCCAGAGCCUUUGAUGGGGCUAAACCUGAAGACGCUGCAGAAGCAGUCUGGAGCUCCGCCCAACUUCUCUCACCUACCUCAGCGCUCGUCCGUGGACCUGGAGUUCCUCAACGUCUCCUACAGCAUCCAGGAGGGCUCGUGGUGGAGGAGGACAGGUUUCAGAGCCUUACUAAAAUGUCUCUCUGGAAGGUUCUGCAGCGGAGAGCUGAUAGGUAUCAUGGGACCAUCUGGAGCCGGCAAGUCCACUCUAAUGCAUCUUCUUGCUGGGUACAGGGAAACUGGAAUGAAGGGUCAGAUUCUGGUCAACGGGAAACCACGAGAUCUGAGGACCUUCAGGAAAAUGUCCUGCUACAUCAUGCAGGAGGACAUACUGCUGCCUCACCUGACAGCUGCAGAGGCCAUGAUGGUGUCAGCCAACCUGAAGCUGGACGACAGCAUGGAUGUGAAGAUGGAACUGGUCCAAGAAAUCCUGACUGCUCUGGGACUCCUGGACUGUGCUCACACUCGCACCAGCUCGCUGUCCGGUGGUCAGUGCAAACGUCUGGCUAUUGCUCUGGAGCUGGUCAAUAACCCCCCGGUCAUGUUCUUUGAUGAGCCCACCAGCGGUUUGGACAGCGUGUCCUGCUACCAGGUGGUGUCCUUAAUGCGCUCUCUGGCUCUGGGGGGACGGACAAUCAUCUGUACCAUUCACCAACCCAGUGCCAAGCUGUUUGAGAUGUUUGACAAGCUGUACAUCCUCAGUCAGGGUCAGUGCAUCUACAAAGGGACAGUACCGUAUCUCAUUCCCUACCUCAAGACUCUCGGCCUGCACUGUCCCACCUACCACAACCCAGCUGACUUCAUCAUAGAGGUGGCAUCAGGAGAACACGGAGACCUGAACUCUAUGCUGUUUGAGGCGGUUCAGGAUGGCAUGUGUGCACUGGAGGAGAAGGAGGCCCACUGUGACUGCAACAGCACAUCCAUUUGUACAAUCAAGUGCUGCAUGGACACUGGGCACCCGCAGAAGCACACCUUUGCCACAGGUACCCUCACACAGUUCUGGAUCCUCUUUAAAAGAACUCUCAUCACCAUUUGUCGGGAUCAGGUGUUAACCCACCUCAGACUGCUGUCCCACAUCUGCAUAGGUGUGUUAAUAGGUUUGCUGUAUCUAAACAUUGGCAAUGAUGCCAGCAGAGUGUUUAACAACACUGGAUUUCUCUUCUUCUCCAUGCUCUUCCUCAUGUUUGGAGCUCUCAUGCCAACUGUGUUAACCUUUCCUUUGGAGACAACAGUGUUCCUGAGGGAGCAUCUUAACUACUGGUACAGUCUGAAAGCCUACUACCUGGCCAAAACCAUGGCUGACAUCCCUUUCCAGGUGAUCUGCCCCAUCAUGUACUGCACCAUCGUGUACUGGAUGACAGAGCAGCCCCCUGAGGCUGUGCGCUACCUCCUCUUCAUAGCUCUGUCGGUCUGCAUCGCCCUGGUGGCCCAGUCGCUGGGUUUGCUUGUGGGCGCCGCCUCCACAUCACUGCAGGUAGCGACAUUUGUGGGUCCGGUCACUGCCGUCCCUGUGUUACUGUUCUCUGGAUUCUUUGUCAACUUUGACACAAUCCCCAAGUAUCUUCAGUGGAUCUCCCACGGGUCCUACGUGAGGUACGGCUUUGAAGGAGUGAUCCUGUCAAUCUAUAGCAUGAACCGCUCAGACCUCCAGUGUCCGGGGAAGACCUGCAAGUUCCAGCAACCUGAAGAGGUCCUGGAGCUCCUAGACGUGAAGGAAGCAAAGCUUCACCAAGACUUCAUUGUCCUUGGUGUGUUCUUUGUCGUCCUGCGCCUGGCCACUUACCUCGUCCUGCGCUACAGGGUCAAGUCUGAGAGAUAGCUGCUCCUCUGUUCUCUGUGCACAGACUGCAGGAGCUCAUGUGGGAGUCCACCUCCUCUCAUUUUGCUGCCACAUGGACUGACCUCAGCAUUUCCUGUGUUCAUUAGCCAGUUACUGUGGGAGUAAUUGGAGUCAACAUACACAACUUUACCUCAUCUAAAUGCAGCCAUGAAACGAGACAGCAACACUCAUCAAAAGUUAUUAGUUUGACUGAAGCUCCACUGCUUUGGUCUCCAGAACUGUUUUUCCCUUCAGACAAACAUGAUAAGACAUGAAAUAGCAGCAUGCUCUCCGCUGUAAACUGCAACCUGGACGAUUAGCUCAAAACCUGAAGUGAACCAGGACAUCGAGCUUCAACAAAGUCAGGAUUCAGAUACAGAAUUCAAUGUAAAAUCAAUCUUUUCCUAAAUAUGAGGGGAAAAGCAAAAGUAAAGUCAAUAAGUUAAAAUCAAACAUCAAACUCACACACUAGUGGAUCACAACUAAAUAGAUUUUCUUCAGGAAAACCCAGAUUCGAAAAAAACAUCAAAACCCACCCCCUCAAAAACCCACAGCACCUGUUUUGGGUUGUCCUUGUCUGUAGAGGGUCUUAGAGACAGCGGCUGCUCCGUAACCCUUGUGCUAUCUUAGAUGACCCCCCCCUUCCAUUGACGUGUUCUUCCUACCAUGACAAAGGUGGAUAA